UCUCUUUUCAGACUAGUGGGGAAGAAAGAAAAGGACAAAAGGAUGGAGCGCCUUCUGGUUGCUACAAUCACCAUUUAUUUUCUGUCCCAUUGCCCUACUUCAGAAUCUUCUGCUGCUCAUUAUGACAAGAUUUUGACCCACAGCCGGAUCAGGGCACGAGAUCAAGGGCCAAAUGUUUGUGCCCUCCAGCAAGUUAUGGGGACCAACAAGAAAUACUUCAGCACAUGCAGGAACUGGUACCAAGGAGCCAUCUGUGGAAAGAAAGCAACUGUCUUGUAUGAAUGCUGCCCUGGCUACAUGAAGAUGGAAGGCAAGCAAGGAUGCCCUGCAGUUGCCCCAAUAGAUCAUGUUUACGGCACUUUGGGCAUUGUGGGAGCUACCUCCACACAACAAUACUCUGACUUGUCAAAACUGAGAGAAGAAAUUGAAGGACAAGGCUCUUUCACAUUCUUUGCACCAAGCAAUGAAGCCUGGAAUCUUUUGGAUCGUGAAAUCCACAGUGGACUGAUUGAAAAUGUAAACAUUGAACUGUACAAUGCUCUCCAUAGCCACAUGGUAAACAAACGCAUGCUGACGAAGGACCUCAAGAAUGGCAUGUCUCUGAUGUCUAUGUAUAACAAUCAAAAGCUGCAUAUAAAUCACUAUCCCAAUGGUGUUGUUACUGUUAACUGUGCCAGAAUCAUCCAUGGCAACCAGAUUGCUACAAAUGGUGUUGUUCAUGUGAUUGACCGUGUGCUGACCCCAGUUGGAAAUACCAUUCAAGACUUCAUUGAAGCAGAAGAUGAUCUCUCAUCUCUCAGGGCUGCUGCUUUUACAUCGGAUGUAAUGGAAAUGCUUGGGAAGCCUGGACAUUACACACUCUUUGCCCCUACAAAUGAAGCAUUUGAGAAACUACCACGUGGAGUCUUGGAAAGAAUCAUGGGUGACAAGGUGGCUUCUGAAGCUCUGCUAAAGUUCCACAUUUUGAAUACUCUUCAGUGUUCUGAAGCUAUCAUGGGUGGGGCUGCCUUUGAAACCUUAGAAGGCAAUACAGUUGAAGUUGGCUGUGAUGGCGAAAGCUUGACGAUCAAUGGAGUAAAAAUGGUAAAAAGAAAAGACAUUGUGACAAGUAAUGGCGUAAUUCACCUUGUAGACCAAGUGCUUAUUCCUGACUCUGCUAAGCAAGUUACUGAACUGGCUGGUCCCCAACAAGCUACUUUUACAGACUUGGUGGCUCAGCUUGGUUUGGCUGCAGCUAUAAAGCCAGAGGAAGAGUAUACCCUGCUAGCUCCCGUGAAUGGAGCUUUUUCUGAUGACACCUUAACUAUGGACCAGCGGCUCCUCAAACUCAUCCUGAAGAAUCACAUUUUGAAUGUGAAAGUUGGCCUGAAUGACCUCUACAAUGGACAGUUCUUGGAGACUUUGGGAGGGAAGAAGCUCAGAGUAUUUGUGUAUCGUACAGCUGUGUGUAUUGAGAAUGCAUGCAUGAUCCGAGGAAGUAAGGAGGGAAGAAAUGGAUUUAUCCAUGUUUUCAAGGAAAUAAUCAAACCGGCAGAAAAAACUCUGCAUGAAAUACUGAGUUCUGAUAAACGAUUCAGCACUUUCUUGAGUCUCGUGAAAGCUGCAGAUCUAGAAGAGGUUCUGUCCCAGCCUGGUGACUGGACUUUCUUUGUUCCAACUAAUGAAGCUUUUAGAGGCUUAACAGAACAAGAGAAAGAGACUUUGAAAAGGGACCAAAAUGCUCUCAGAAAUAUUCUGCUUUAUCAUUUGAUUCGAGGAGUUUUCAUUGGAAAUGGAUUUGAACCUGGUGUGACCAACAUUCUGAAAACUAUCCAAGGUGGCAAGCUGUACUUGAAAUUGGUAAACAACACUCUUCUGGUAAAUGAACUGCAAUCAAAAGAACCAGAUCUGAUGGCAACUAAUGGUGUAAUUCACGUUAUAGACAAGCUCCUGUAUCCUGCUGAUGUUCCUGUUGGAAAUGAUGAGCUCCUCACAAUUCUCAAAAAAUUGAUUAAGUACAUUCAGAUCAAGCAUGUUCGUGGUAGCACAUUCAAAGAGAUUCCACUGACAUUUUACACCACCCGGAUUAUUACUAAAGUUGUGGAUCCCAGUACUAAAGUAAUUGAGAGCAGCUUUGAGCCCAUCCUUAGAAAAGAAGAUAUUAAAAAAAUAACAAGAGUAGUUGGUGGCACCACAAUUCGAAAAGAAAUUGAAGUGCCAUCCAUUACAAAGCUCACCAAAGUGACUGAAGGGGAACCAGAAUUUAAGCUGAUCAGAGAAGGCGAAACAGUAACUAAAGUGAUUCAUGGAGAGCCUAUAAUUAAAAAAUACACAAAAAUAAUUGAUGGUCAUCCUGUGGAAGUGACUGAAAGAGAAGUAACAGAAGAAAGAAUUAUUCAAGGCCCUGAACUGAAAUAUACCCAAAUCACUACAGGUGGUAGGGCAGAUACUGAGGAGACCCUUAAGAAAUUGCUGGACGAAGAGGUUGCCAAGGUGACCAAACGCAUUGAAGGUGCUGAUCAUUUACUUGAAGAUGAAGAAAUCAAAAGACUCCUCCAGGGAGAAACACCUGUAAAGAAAGUGCAAUCAUCCAGAAGGGUACAAGGAUCACCAAGGAGAAGAGCAAGACUGGUCCAGCCUUCUGCAAGAAGGCAGAAUCCACAGAAAGAGAACUGAAUCUUUUAGAAAAAUAUUAGAAAACAAAAAGAUCUCAAGAGAACAUAUUUACUGAAUCCUGUGCAUUCAUUAACCAUUGGACACAGCAUCCACUAACCUAUAAAAUCACACAGGAGUACAUGUGUUAGAAAGCACUUCCUAAAAAAUAUGCCUAAUAAGCAAGGAUUAAAUCAGAAUGUAUCCAGUUUCUAUGAAUCAGAAUUAUAUAAAUUAAGUUAUAUCCUAUCUAUAAGUAAAUAAAAAUUUAAGUAGCAAAAUGUAAACUGUGUAAAUCUAGCAAAACAAUAACAGUUUGGGAUUAUAUUAUUAUAAAAUAAUGUGAUCAAAUAUUAUAACAUUGACAACAUUGCAUUAAACAUUCAUAAUGAAUUUUAAAGCAUUAACAUAGAAUAUUUGCCAAAACAUUUGCCAGUGAAUUUAAUAGAUUUUUUUGUCAUAGUAAUGACAUUUGUUCCCAUCUUUCACACAGUAGUAAUAGUCAGUACUACAUAAAAAGCUUCCUUUCAAACAUGAUCAGUAAUCCUGUUCACCUAUUACAAGAGUUAGAGGAGGAGUAAAGGAAUUUGCUCAGUUUGGGUUCAGGUUUUCCAUAAGUUUCGCAUUCUGCACUUUGGGGAUGCUGAAUGUGGAUUCUUCCCUUUUCUGCAGUAUUCUUUUGUGUAUUAAGAAAAUAGUCCAGAAUGAUCAUUUGCACCAAGAAUUCUGUUUAUAAUUGAUCCUUUUAUUCAUCCUUUGAUGAAUGCAGUUACCUACUAUAAAAUACCUGCAUUUAACAGUAGGCUUUUCUUUGACAGUAUGAAUAUGGAGCCAGAUAUUUUCUGGAUUGCUAUAUCCAUAUAUUUUGUUUCUGAAAACAGUGGUUUAAAUUAAUGUUCCCCAUUCUCAAAGGAAGUAAUAUUCUUGCAUUUGUAUGCAGGUGUCUGUAGCUCUGUACAAAGCUAUUAGUUCUGUUGAUUUCACAAGAAAUGACUUUUAAGAAUUAUUAUGGUUGAAAUGAAUGUAAUGAAACAAACGAGUCAAUGAAAUGAAUGCAAAAAGUUAUUCUUGUUUGGGAAGAAAUAUUUCAUUUGAACUUGGUUGGAAGCUUUUGUAUAAAAAUGCCUUGUGUAUUUCCAUUAUUAAUGUGAGUCUGUUUGUAAAUCAUUGUUUUUACAACAAGUUUAUUUGCUUCUUCUGCCAUAUGUGUAUGUCAACUCUGUAAGAAACCUCGAGAGAGAAGUAAUAAAAUGUUAUCAAGGUGCCUUAACGUUUUGUUAUAAAGAAUUCAGGAUAUGCCCUAAUAUUUUAAUUCUGAAACAUAUUCAUUAAAUAAAUUGACUGAA